UGUGCUUUCCCUCUCGUAGCCGACUGCCCUUCGUCCGUCGAGCGGUCACUCGUCGAGAAGUUCACGAACUGCUCGACAUCAUGUGAGUCUGACGAUGACUGCGUGCCUGAAAGAGCUGUCGGUUAUGCUGUUCCACACACAGUGUCUGUAUCCGAUUCGAACUACCACCUUGUUUCCACAUGGCACUCACAGCAGAACUGUAAGCUGCGUAAAGUACAACGCUGCGAUCGUGGAGGAAAAUUUGAGCGGAUGCAGUGCGAUGACAAUGGCUGCUUCUGCGUGGACAUCGACAGCGGUGAUGAGAUAUCAGGCACGCGAACCACUGACAGCCUUCCAAAUUGU